GAAGCGCUUCCGGCAGUCUUGGACCACUAACCAGCAAACAGCCUUCCGGGCCUCACGCGACCCUUGCCUCAGGCCUCUUGGGGUCCGACAGCUGCCCAGCUCGCUUCUGCGACGCAGCAGUGCAUAGUGGCACCACUUUGUGUCGAUUCUGGUCCAGACCUUACCAUCUUCCGGCUGCCCUGGACAUCAGGCAACGUCAGGACCCUGUGAUUGGCGCCUGCGUCUGCUGACCGUGACCGAAGACCGCCCCUGGAGGAAUUUGGACAUUCCUUAGGGAGAACAUCUUUGGUCCUACAUUUUUGCCGAUACUGACAUUUUCCUAAGUGAUCUUAAAUAGCCUGCUUUUUACUUAAACAACUGGCUAUACUUCAUAUUUUUCACUGCAAAAGCCUAUAAUCUACAGUUGCCAGAUAUUUAAACACAUUACUUUUAGGAUAUCGUCUACAUUUAACCUGAGAUCUCUUCUUCCAAAAUGUUGAGAUACUGGGGAGAAAUACCAAUAUCAUCAAGCCAGACCAACAGAAGUUCCUUUGAUUUGCUUCCACGGGAGUUCCGUCUGGUGGAAGUCCAUGACCCACCCCUGCACCAACCCUCAGCCAACAAGCCCAAGCCCCCUACCAUGUUGGACAUCCCCUCAGAGCCGUGCAGCCUCACCAUCCAUACCAUUCAGUUGAUUCAGCACAACCGACGUCUUCGCAACCUUAUUGCCACAGCUCAGGCCCAGAAUCAGCAGCAGACAGAAGGUGUAAAGACUGAAGAGAGUGAACCUCUCCCUUCCUGCCCUGGGUCACCUCCUCUCCCUGAUGACCUCCUACCUUUAGAUUGUAAGAAUGCUAAUGCACUGUUCCAGAUCCGGCACAGUGACCCAGAGAGUGACUUUUAUCGUGGGAAAGGGGAACCUGUGACUGAACUCAGCUGGCACUCCUGUCGACAGCUCCUCUACCAGGCAGUAGCCACAAUCCUGGCCCAUGCAGGCUUUGAGUGUGCUAAUGAAAGUGUCCUGGAGACCCUAACUGAUGUGGCACAUGAGUAUUGCCUUAAGUUCACCAAGUUGCUGCGCUUUGCUGUGGAUCGGGAGGCCCGGCUGGGACAGACUCCUUUCCCUGAUGUUAUGGAACAGGUAUUCCAUGAAGUGGGUAUUGGCAGCGUGCUCUCCCUCCAGAAGUUCUGGCAGCACCGCAUCAAGGACUAUCACAGUUACAUGCUACAGCAGAUUAGUAAGCAACUCUCUGAGGAAUAUGAAAGGAUUGUCAAUCCUGAAAAGGCCACAGAGGACACUAAACCUGUGAAGAUCAAGGAGGAACCUGUGAGCGACAUCACCUUCCCUGUCAGUGAGGAACUGGAGGCCGACCUUGCUUCUGGAGACCAGUCACUGCCCAUGGGAGUCCUUGGGGCUCAGAGUGAGCGCUUCCCAUCUAACCUGGAGGUUGAAGCUUCGCCACAGGCUUCAAGUGCAGAGGUAAAUGCUUCUCCUCUUUGGAAUCUCACCCAUGUGAAAAUGGAGCCUCAAGAGAGCGAAGAAGGCAACGUCUCUGGGCAUGGUGUGCUGGGCAGUGAUGUCUUCGAGGAGCCCAUGUCAGGCAUGAGUGAAGCCGGGAUCCCUCAGAGCCCUGAUGACUCAGACAGCAGCUAUGGUUCCCACUCCACUGAUAGCCUCAUGGGGUCCUCCCCUGUUUUCAACCAGCGCUGCAAGAAGAGGAUGAGGAAGAUAUAAAAAGAAAAAAGGAAGAUAUGUGUCCAGAUCUACUAUAGAAAACCUUGAUAUAUUAGAAUUUGUUACCAUAAACAGUGAUUUGAUUCUUAUUCUUAACUACAGUGGACUUUCCUAAUUUCAGAGGAGCUGGACUUAACCAGACAAGGUUGCAUUUUACUUUUGCAUCCAGUUUUUAUAGUUUUCCAUAACAACCAAGCCACUGUUCACAGAUGAAACAUGAUGCUGGCAUGGUAAUCAGGAGACCAAAGCAUUAUCCCCGACUAUUGUCUUUUCUGUAACUAGACACAUUACUUAGCUUCUCUACAGUCAUUUCUCUUGUACCACUGAGAAUCAGACCUCUUUGACCAACCUUGCAGAGAUGUGAAGAUUGGAUGUUUGCUCAACUUCAAAACUGUGUUUGAAUAGACUUAUAAGUAAGUAUAUGCUAAUAUCAGAUGUUUUU